AUGUAUUUCAAAUGCGUGUUUGGGGAUACAUAUGCGCUGAAGGCAGUGUCAGUGAUGGAGGGAGAAUCUGUCACUUUACACACAGAUAGAGAAAUGAGAAAUAAUGAUCGGAUUCUGUGGAGGUUUGGACCGGAAAACACUUUAAUAGCUGAAAUCAAUGUGGUGGACAGCAGCAUGACUGUAAAUGAUGAUUCUGAUGGACGAUUCAGAGGCAGAAUGAAGGUGGAUCGUCAAACUGGAUGUCUGACCAUCACAAACACCAGAAUUGAACAUGCUGGAUGUUAUGAACUACAGACUAACCCUAUGAAGAAGUUUUUCAUUCUCACAGUCUACGGUGCGGUUGGCGAUAGGGAUGAGAUGAAGUCGGUUUCAGUGAUGGAGGGAAACUCUGUCACUCUACACACUGAUACUGAAAUGAGAAACAAUGAUCUGAUUCAGUGGAUGUUUGGAAACUAUUUAAUAGCUGAAAUCAAGGAAACGGCCAACGGCAUCACUAUAUAUGAUGGUGUUCUUGAAGGGAGAUUCAGAGACAGACUGCAGGUCGAUGAGGAAACCGGAUCUUUGACCUUCACAAAUGCCAGAAUUGAACACACUGGAUUUUAUCAACUACAGACCAACCAUACGAAGAAGGUUUUCACUCUCGGUGUCUAUGGCGCAGUGCGCGGUUGUGAUACUGUUCAAGCUGUGAUCCGAUUGGUCGUCACUGCUCUAGUGGGCGUGGCUGCUGUGGCUGCCGUUGUUGUUCUGUAUUAUGACAUUAGAUCCAGAAGAGCUGAACAUAAUCAAGCACAUUCUCCCAUAUCAGCAACCUAA